AUGAUGACACAUGAGGUAGCAAUACCUAUUCAUGGACAGUCAAGCUUAGAUUCGAAAACAAUGUCGGCUCUGAAAAGCAAUGCUGGCGAGUCUUUAAAAGUUUCAAAUGAUGAUAGAAGGCUACCGAAUGGUCAAAAGGUAGACUUUGGCGGGAAAAGUUCCAGAAAAACAAAGAAAACGCAUCUGAGUAAAAAAUCUCAGAAGGAUAAGGAUUUCGAAAAGAAAACAAUCAAGAACAAUAAAGCUAGUUCUGACUGUGAAUCUUCCGAUGAAAAGAAGGCUUCCAAGAAGUCUAACAAGAGAGCUUCAGGACAGCAUCUGAGUAAUGAAAAAAUUGAUGGGUCAUCUGGGCUGAAAGAGGCGGGCAGGAAUAAGAAAAAAUUACAACAGCCUUCUCUUCCUAACGGCGAUAAACCGAACUUUCAUGGAGAAGCUCCUAAAGCAAAUGUUGAUGGAAAUAAUUCUUUGGAACAAUCCUUGCCUAACGGAGAAAAGCCAAAUUUUAAUAGGGAUGCUAAUCGUAAUAAGAAGCUGUCGAAAACAAAUGGAAAGUCUUCUGCUUUAGAAGACACUUAUGCGGGAUCAUCAUUUCAUUCUUCGCCGGCUGCUUUGAACUUACCGAAACCUACAUUUAAGGCUUCACCAAAGCAGCUGACUUUGCAACCUGAAAUUGGCCCUUCAAAUGGUCAGCUUCGUGGCCCUCCUCAGCAUUCUGCUGUAUCACCAUUCGUAGUGCCUGCCACAGUUCCUCAUUCAGCUCCUCUUAUAGAUGGUACAAAUGGUUAUCCACUUUAUCAACCAUUUCCAAAUCAUUCCCCUGGUUAUAAUUACUCCUAUCCAACAAAUGGAGGAUAUAUCGGGCAGCCUAUUGGAAUUCAUCCAAUGAUGAGUAAUCCAUAUCAGCAAGCAUGCCCAAUGCCGCAAUCCCUUUUACAUCCUACGCAACAUCCUAUUACUUAUGGCUCGGAGGUAAAUGGAGGUGCGCAGAAAAUAAGUUUUAAUGACUUAUUAAAAUUAUCGAAAGAUUAA